UGGGAGUACGUUGCUCGCUUUAACUUUCCCAGCUCCCUCUCACUCUCCACUGGUGCCAAACCUUCGAUCUCUCUUUUCCCUUUCUUUUUUUUUCUUUUUCUUCUCUAAUGUUGCUGUCACACAUAUAUAUAUAUAUAUAUAAAAGUUUAUUAGGUUUUUGGAUGGUUUUACCAACAGUAAUGGUGGGUCACCUAGUUGUUUUGCAGAAAGCGCAAUGGAGAGAUGACACCGACCUUCAAAUUCCUUCUUUUUUCUCCAUGUAAGUCUCCUCUUUUUAUUCCGACUCAAAUUCAUAAUUUCCUUUCCCGGUUCUUUAACAUCUUUUCCUCUUUCUCCUGUUCAUCUCACACCCCCCUUCUCUUUUUUAUUGUUUCCUCAAUAAUCAGAUCUGGUUUUCGAAGUUGUUUCAUUUUCUAAUUUUCGUUAUUCAAAAACCAAGUUUUUCCAUGGAUUUAUGCAAGAAGAGCACCUUUUCCUUCUGUCACCAUGCUUGCUUAAUGGCUCCUGGUCGGAAUCAGAUGCAAUCUUGUUCCUGAUAAUUUUAUUUCAAGACAUUAUGGUUUCUUGGUGUCAAUCAGCACAUAUGAGUAUGAAAUGGAUAAGCUCUCUGCUCUUAAUUUGAGUGUCUUUUAUAUCAAAAUUUGGGACAUGGGAGUUGAGAUGACUUGUGGGAGGUGUGAAUAGAGGUUUAGGCUCUUGACAGAAUGGAUUGUAACAAAGAAGAUGCUUCUAGGUGUAAAGAAAUUGCAGAAAAGAAAUUCACCGAAAGGGAUAUAAAAGGUUGCCAGAAAUUCGCCUCUAAAGCCUACAAAUUGGACCCUGGUUUCGAAGGCAUGGCGCAAAUGUUGGCCACCAUUGACAUUCACCUUGCAGCUCAGGUUAAAAUCAACGGGGUGGUUGACCAUUAUGCGGUUCUCCAGCUAAAUCCAUGGGAUAAUCUUGAUACAAUCAAGAAACAAUACAGGAAAUUGGCUUUAUUGAUUCAUCCCGAUAAGAAUCGAUCAGUAGGGGCAGAGGGGGCAUUUAGUUACUUAUCUGAGGCUUGGAAUAUCUUAUCUGAUUCCUCAAAAAGAUCACUGUAUGAUCACAAGAGAACGUCCACUUCGAAUUUCAAUUUGGAGAACUUUUCGCAACCUAGCACAGCAGUAAAAACCGAUGUGUCUAGUGGGCAAAUGCACGAUGUUAAUGGGUUUUAUGGUGUUUCCAAUGCCUUUAGGGAUGCCAAUAAUCAGCACCAAAAGCCUCGUACAUUUUGGACUUCAUGUGGGUCAUGCCACAUGAGGUAUGAGUACCUAAGGAAAUAUCUGAACAAGAAGCUUUCUUGUCAGUUUUGUAAAACACCAUUUUUGGCCAUAGAAAUGACAUACGGUCCUCCCACAAAUAGUUCAAACUCAAACUCUUCUUUCACUUGGUCCUUUGCAUGUGAUGUAAAUGGGCGAGGUGAAAAGAAAAAUCAUAAAAAACACGGGGAUUUUGGUUGGCAUUCAUUUGACCCCCGCUAUAAUGGAUCCAGCCAUGGAAUGGGGUCUUCAGGUUUUCAGUCUAAAGCAGGGAAAAAACACUGUACCAAUUUGAAUUUUCAAUGGAGCCCAUUUUCAGGGGUUUCAAGUGUUCAUGGUGUAACUACUACAACUAGUAAUGUUGUGCAACAUGGAUAUGGGAAGGAUGCUAAGGCAGCCACAAAGAAACUUGGAAAGAGGACUUGUUAUUUUGGCAAUGAGAAUUUCACGGGAAACAUGGAUUUUACUUGGGGUGCCAGGGAAACUUUGAGUACAAACCCAGAAGGAGCAGGCAAGAGGUGGAAAAAUGAAGGGGAUAGUUAUACCGAUGGUUAUGAAGAAGGCGGCUUUUCUAUGACAGGAAAUGGCUGGAAAGUGACAGUGAAUCCUCCGGGACCAAACACAUCGAACACCAUAACUUCGAAGAAAUUUGAAUCUGUUAAGUCAAACCAGGUUGUUAAUGGAACAGCUAAUGGACUAAAAAAAAGUGGUGUUAAUGAUUCUGUUAUAGUUAAGCCCCCUGAUGGAAGACAGGUUUCUAUGGCACCUGCAUUUGAUGCUAGGCAACUAUUGAUCAACAAGGCAAGAGCAGAAAUUCGCAACAAAUUAGAAGAGAUGAGAUUGGGUAAUGCGAAGCCAAGCCAAAAUCAAAACACAAAUGAUGAUUCUUUGGACAACACAAGAGAAGACCCAUCUCCUCAAGGGAGAGAUUGUGCGUCCAAGAAGCAAGGAUUGGUCAUGGAUAUGAAUCCAUGUGGCUCCAAUUUCCAUGAUUUUGGUAAGAUUCGAUCUGAGGAAUGUUUCCGGCAAAACCAAAUAUGGGCCCUAUAUGACAGAGAUGAUGGGAUGCCUCGUUUAUAUGGCUGGGUUCAAGAUGUCAUUUCUUUGAAGCCUUUUAAGGUAUGCAUUAGGCAUUUGUACUCUAAAAGCUGUCGGGAGUUUGACUUUGUAAGAUGGGUUGACUUGGGUUUUGCUAAGACUUGUGGAUCUUUUCGGGCAGGGCAAUGCGAAGUCAUUGAGAAUGUAAAGGUUUUCUCUCAUGUUGUUUGUGGUGAGAAGGGUAGGAAAGGCUUUUUCAGGAUUUGCCCAAGGAAAGGCGAUGUUUGGGCUCUUUAUAGGCACUGGUCUAGUGAGUGGGAUGAGUCUACUCAGGAUGAGGUGAGGCGUCAGUAUGACUUGGUCGAGGUGCUUGAUGACUAUGUAAAUGAUGGAGUAUGUGUUUUUCCUCUUGAUAAAGUUGUGGGUUUUAAGAAUAUUUUUGGAAGAAACCCCUCUCAUAAGAUGGCCCGAUGGAUUCCAAAGAAAGAGAUGUUACGAUUCUCACACCAAGUUCCUUCACUGUUGCUUAGAAAAGCUGAAAAUACACCAGAUGGUUGCCGAGUCCUGGACCCAGCAGCAACUCCAUUAGAACUACUCCAUGUGAAAACAACAGAUGAGAGAGAAAUUUGAGCAGUAAUUUUCGCGAUAUAUCUCUAUAAUUUCUAUAUUCAUUCUGAUUCAACUCGAAUGUACCAUACAUUGACCAUCUGAGGAUUGUGCUUGUGGUUGAGGCACACUAGCCAGUAGCAAAUGAAAUUUGGGAUCCACUUUGUUGUCCUUUCGGUGAACUGAUCAUAACGAACAUGAAUUCCUUUGGUGAGUUUUGUAUGUACUGCACAUUCUUUGAAAUGUUGACUAAAUGUUGCUUUUAUCCUGACAAGCCUAUGUCUCUUCUGUAAAAGUUGUUGUAACUAAUCAGUCUGGUAUAUGGUGCCACACUGCCAUUGUAUCUUGUUCUCA